AUGGAUUCCGAUAAAUGCGUUUGUGAUGUUUUAAUUGUUGGCUCUGGGCCAUGUGGAUUGGCUACAGCUGCAAGGUUGAGAGAGAAAACCCCGAGUGCACUGUUCUCUGAAGCAGAACAUCAGAGAUUCCACUGGCUAAAAUCCAAACACGUCAAUUUAUUGAAAAGAAGACCCAGUGAUGUAAAUAGUAUUCCAGAGACUCUUAAUAUUAAAGUAAUUGAUGCAACCUCUUCUUCUUGGUUGGGUCAAUGGGACAAUCAAUUUGGCUCAUGCGGUAUCCCACAUCUACGUUCCCCUAUGUUUUUUCAUCCAGAUCCGUUUGAUGUCGAUGGAAUGAUAGCUUUUGCUCACAACACUGGAAGAGAAAAGGAAUUGAUGGAAAUCAAUGGCAUUGUAGGCAAGGAGUUAUCAAAGCAUCAACAGAAAAAGCUCCGGAACAAGAAAAAGCCAAUUGAAAUCGACAUGAGGGAUUUCAAGGAUUAUUAUAGACCAUCUACUCCUCUAUACAGAGAUUAUUGUGAAAGUAUUAUCAAGCGAUAUAGUCUUCAAGGUAUGGUGUCACAGGAGAAAUGCCAAAUGAUCGACUAUAACGAAGUGUCUGAAACUUUCACUGUCACAAGUGAUAGCAACACUUAUGUUUGUCCAAUAGUUGUUAUAGCAUGUGGCCCUAUUGGAUCUAUAAAUUAUGAUUUCCCACAAUUUCCCCAUGGAAGUUGCCAUACUACGCAUCUGUUCAACAGGGUGGUUCCUUUCCCCCCUACAGAACGGAAGAAGACGGUUGUCGUCGUUGGAGGAGGGCUUACAUCAGCCCAGAUCUGCCAUAGACUAAUAGAAUCCAAAAAGGCUGACAAAGUUUACUUUGUACUUAGAGGAGAUAUUAAAGUAAAACAUUUCGACUUUGAUUUGGAAUGGGUUACUAAGUAUAAGAAUUAUCUUAAGUCGACAUUUUGGAUGUUGGAUACGGACGAAGAAAGGGCCGAAAUGAUUUUGAAAGCAAGAAAUGGAGGUUCAGUUAACCCACAAUAUCUGAAAAUCAUCCAUGAUCACGAGAAAUCUAACAAGCUGGUUGUUUUGAAGAACUCAAAAAUAGCACCAUCAGAAUGGGACGGAUGUCAGUGGAACAAGGUUGUUGUGAAUGAAUCUACAACACUUCCAGAACCGAUUGACUACAUAUACUAUGCCACAGGUUCAAGACCGGACUUCAAUAAAAUUGAUUUCCUUGCUAAUAUAAGGAAGAAAAGCCCAAUAUCCACUGUUUGUGGAUUCCCAUGCCUUACUGAUGACUUGGAAUAUAAUUCUAACAUACCGUUAUACUUUUUAGGAAGGCUGGCAUCGUUGAAGAUUGGGCCAGCGUCAGCAAAUCUAGAGGGUGCUCGUGUUGGAGCAGAACGUAUUGCCUCGAGUAUCCAGAAUCGCUUAGAAAAAUUAAAGAGAGUGGAAGACAGGGCAACAGUCAAUAGCAUGAUGGAUCUGAUUGAGAGUGAUAAUAACUGGUAUGGCAUUCUUGCCCAGGAGGUAAAUUGA